AUGGAUCCCCAGUGGCAGCCUUACCAGGAUCCCUUAAUGGGUCACUCGGCGCAGUUCAACAACGGCCUGACGUCGAAUCCACAACAGCACCUAGCCUCAAAAUACGGCGGCCAGCCACAACACUCGCAGCCACCGGUCGGAUACUCCUACGAGCCCUUCCAAUCCCCUGCCGCCUCUGCGAAACCCUCCUCGACCGUCACAAACUCCAAGACUGUUUCGAUGGCCUCGUCUCCAGCUGCCACGCCACGUACUCGGGAUUAUGUCACCGAUGCGGAUACCACCAUGGAGGACGCCGAUCCGUAUAACCGGGCCAAAUACUCGACCCGACCAACCCAUCACAGUCGCCCUUCCUCCCAGUAUUUCUCACACGAAGAGUCAUCGGCCGCUCGCAGAUACUCGCCGGGAAACGUCUUGUCGUCGCCCAUGUCCUCUUUCAACGCCAGUCCUGGGAAACACAACUCGUACGCAUUCCCGCCCGGCCCCAAUCAGUCGCGACGCUCGCCGACCAGGGCGCCCAACUACGCUUCACCCCCUCAGUCAUUUCAGUCACCGCCGUCCGGUUCGCGACCGCCCAGACUGCCCCCUCUGCAGCCCACUGAUAUGAGCCCCGAUCAAUUCUAUCCACCCUCUGCGGGCUCUCAGCUUAGCGCAGCUCUCGCGCAAGACGGUCGAUCUCCUCGUUCUGCUUCUACAUCAGGUGGCGGUCAUUUGCCCGGUCGAGGACCAAUCCCGAAAUUUCAGAAGAUCAAGUCAGUGCAGGAACUGCAGCCGCGCCUGAAUGCACAGCCUCCGUUUAGACGUGCCAACCCCGAAGGCGGCUUCAUCAGCCCCCUCCAAGCGUUGACCACGCAUCUUCCGGCCACUUACCGGAUCUGCAACCCCGGCUUCAAUUACGAGUCGUCAAGAAAUCCAAGGCGUGUUCUAACGAAACCCAGUAAAGGCGUGAAGAAUGAUGGCUACGACAAUGAGGAUAGCGACUAUAUUCUUUAUGUCAACGAUAUCCUGGGCAGUGAGGAAGCAGGUCACAAGAAUCGCUAUCUUAUUCUCGAUGUGUUAGGUCAGGGUACUUUCGGACAGGUCGUGAAGUGCCAGAACUUGAAAACGGGAGAGGUUGUGGCCGUCAAAGUCAUCAAGAACAAGACCGCCUAUUUCAACCAGAGCAUGAUGGAGGUGUCAGUUUUGGAUCUGCUUAAUAGCCGAUACGACAAGAACGAUGAUCACCAUUUGCUCCGAUUGAAAGACACCUUCAUUCACAGACAACACCUUUGUCUUGUUUUCGAAUUGCUCAGUGUCAAUCUCUACGAAUUGAUCAAGCAAAACCAGUUCCGAGGUCUUAGCACGACCUUGGUGCGCGUAUUCGCCCAGCAGUUGCUCAAUGCUCUGAGUCUCCUAAACAAGGCGCAUCUGAUUCAUUGUGACCUGAAACCGGAGAAUAUCUUGCUGAAAAAUCUGGAAAGCCCCAUUAUCAAAGUGAUUGAUUUCGGUUCAGCAUGCGACGAACGGCAAACUGUCUACACUUACAUCCAAUCCAGAUUCUACCGUUCGCCGGAGGUCCUUCUUGGCUUGCCCUAUUCCUCUGCAAUUGAUAUGUGGUCACUUGGGUGUAUCGUUGUUGAACUUUUCUUGGGUCUUCCACUCUUCCCUGGUUCUUCGGAAUACAACCAAGUCUGUCGAAUUGUGGAGAUGCUGGGUCUUCCUCCCACAUGGAUGCUAGAGAUGGGCAAGCAAUCAGGCGAAUUCUUCGAGAAAAGUCAUGAUGAAUUCGGCAGGAAGACGUAUCGCUUGAAGUCCCUGGAGCAGUAUUCUCGUGAGCACAACACCAAAGAACAACCGAGCAAGAAGUACUUCCAGGCUUCGACCCUUGAGGAGAUUAUUCGCAGUUAUCCGAUGCCGAGGAAGAACAUGAAACAAGCGGAGGUUGAAAGAGAACUCAACAAUCGGGUAGCUUUUAUUGACUUUGUUCGCGGUCUGUUGAGUAUCAAUCCGCUUGAGCGCUGGUCACCGCAGCAAGCCAAGUUGCAUCCUUUCAUUACCCAGCAGAAGUUCACUGGGCCAUUUGUCCCACCCAUGAAUCUGAAGUAUUCAUCCCUCAACAAGACUGUGGCUCCUGGGAUUCAACAGCAGCAGCAAGCAGAGGCAGCCAGUAAACAGCGAGCGGCACAAGCAGCACACGCUCAGAGCGCUGCGCAGAAUGCAUACAAUAUGCAGUUGAAUCAGUUCCACACGCCAACGCAUGCCCAACCGCCACCCAUGUACAACGGGAUGUAUGCUGGCCACCAGCAAGGUGCUCCCCCUCCGUAUCCCAACCAGCCGCCCGCCUACGGUCACCAGAUGAAUAUCAUCCCCGGCCAGAUGCCGCAACAGCAAUACGCACCGUCGCAGACCCUAUACGCCCAAGCAACUACGAGAGCCGGCCGACAGCGUGCAUCUACCAUGGACCCCCAGGGUGGAGGCAUUCCGCCAACCAUCCAGCGCGUGGCUAGUCAUCUCGAUCCUAACGCACCGAUCAGACUGCAGCCGAGCCCUGCGUACUACCCACCUCCACCAGAUGGAUAUGUCGAUGCCAACUCAGCCAAUCAAAGACGUCGAGGAAGCCGCACUGGUGGCACCAGGAACCGAGACUUCAUCCGAACCCUUGAAGAUGGCGUCUUAGGGGGCGAAGGCUUCAUGGGCCAGAAUCAGUGGCACUGAGUGUGAUGAGCUCGCUGGCAGUUUGGUAGCACCUGGAAGGGUGCAUCAGCAAUUGCUGACUAAAAGUUCCAUCGAGUGAGCACAUGCUUUAUGUGCGUCUACCACGAGAAAGAACAGACAUAUAGCUGUUCUAGUGUGUCCUCCUUUAAUCGGAACCUGCAGGUAUCUUUCUCGGUCUUUGCGCCGCCAGGUAUUCCACAGUUGGACCGUCCUUUCAACAGAAAAGUCCCCGUCGCACCACCUUGCCCUUGAUGCUGUCUGCUUCUUGUCGGUCAGCACGGCAAUCAUUCUAUUUCCUUGGCCUGCUGCGUCCCGUGGGAUAGAAUGGAAGGAGAUCCCGUGAGACUCCGAUCUCAUUAUAGCGACUAGCACGGAGUCCUAGUCAAGCGUAAAGCGCCUUCCGGUGUGGCAUGUCGGGAUUAGUUCUCCGAUCGUCGACGGGUUCAAGUGUCUGU